AUAAACACAUUAUUCAACAAUCAUCAGCUAAUUUCACAACUGAUCAAUCUCAUCUAUCAUUCGUUAAAACAGCAGCAAUUAGUAUAAGUAAUCAAUCACAACAAGAUGUUUUAAAAUUUUCAGGAUCACUAGAUGAAGAUCCUGCUGCACAAUUAGUUGGUAAAGCACAAGAAUGGUAUCGCCGACAUCGUCUACAAAUUUCUGAUAUACAUGCAUUUAUUAACGAAUUCAUUAAUACCUUUCUAUCAACAAAAAAAACAGUCGAUAUAGCAGAAGCGUCACCAGGAUUGACAAAUGAAAUAAUAACAUCUGACAUUAAUACGGUCAUAACAAAAUUGGAACAAGAGUUACGAUUAAAAACAUCAAUUAGAAUUAUUGAUGAUUUUCCUUCAUUUACAGGUAAACCAUCGCAAAAUAUUGACAAAUGGUUGAAUGAUAUGCACAGAAUGUUGAUCAAAAUGAAUAUUAGUGAUGAUACAAAGCAUCAACAUAUUGUUAAAGAACUAACAGGUGCAGCAAAGGAAUGGUACAAUAAACAUCAAGAAGAAUGUUCAAAUUAUAUAUCAUUAAAAAAUGAACUGAAAACAACAUUUUCAUCAUCAAUUAGAGACGAGAUGGCAUUUCAACGACUGCCACGGCAACAAAAUCAUAAUGAAACAAUUAUUGAUUAUUAUAACCAUGUUUUAGACUUAUGCAAACAAGCUGAUCCAAAUAUGAGUGAUGAAUCCAUAGUUAAAUAUUUAAAACAAGGUGUUAAACAAUCAUUUCAUGAAAAAAUUAUAGAACAAGAUCCAACAACACCCAAAGAAUUUCUUCGAGUAGCUCGUCGAAUUGAAGAUAUAAAAGCUAGUUUAACAAUAAAUACAACACCCACACCCACACCCACAUUCACACACCCACACCUUUUAUAUUCUACGUAA